AUGCCUCCAAAUAAAGAUCGCCUUUACAUUGCACUCUUUGCCCAUUCACGCCCUGACGUGUACCAUUGGGCGUUCCUGGUCUCACCAAAGGAGAAUUCGAACUCUAACUGCCAAACCAUACAAUAUCAUGCGACAAACCGAAUCCAACUUCGCGAUGGUAUGAUGAAGGCAACCUGGGAACUUGAGCGCGUGCAACUUGGGAAAUCGGAGCCCGUAAGGCUUCUCGCUAGAAUCCUCAUCGGUAAGGUGGAGAGGUCGCGGGAUGAGCUUGACAAAUCACUUGAGAGUGUAGCGGUUGUUCAAGAUGAUCCAAACUGGAGAUGUCGAACGUGGGCAGAGCACGCUCUUACACAGCUGGGAAAGGAUAAAAUUCUGAGUAAGGUGCAGCAUGAAGAAUAUCCAGGAACUACUCGCUAA